AUGUUGUUUAAGCCAGAAAAGUCAAAAUGUUUGGUAGUGAGAAAGGGGAAGGUAAUAUACAGGUUCAAGCUAACUAUACGGAAAGAGGAGAUUCCUUCGUUAGUCAACAACCCAGUAAAGUGUUUGGGAAAGUGGUUUGAUUCCACACUCAAGGACAUCAAAUGCCAAGAAAGACUAAAGCAGCAUGUUGAAGAAGGGCUAAGGAGGAAAUCUGCACAACCAACAAGUACUGGCGUUUUAUAUGAUUCCAAGAACUGGGAAAUGUUGGGUGACCUUGGGAAGAAGACUAAGGUCCCAGAGGAAGUGACUCACACAUCCCUCCGGCCAGACAUAGUUAUGUUGGCAAAGUCUCCGAAGUUGAAGGUGAUGGUAGAACUCACUGUCCCUUGGGAAGAGAGAGUAGAAGAGUCGUAUGUGAUUUAG